CCCGACGCGAUCUGCUUUUCGCCUCACAAGUUGCAUGGCGCGCACGGCACGCCGGGCGUGCUGGUCGCGCGCCGCGCGCUCUACCUGCAUCACAACUUCGUCUGCAAGCUGCUGAACGACUUGUUUGGCGUGCAGGCGCGCGCGGGCUGCAGCUGCGCUGGGCCGUUCGCGCACAAGCUGCAGGUGUACAAAAAGUUCUGCCACGCGGUGCACGAGUUCGACAUGAUCGUGCCGGGCGAUCGCGUGCUGGUCGCUGUCUCGGGCGGCAAAGACUCGCUCUCGCUGCUGCACCUGUUGCGGCACUUUCAGCAGCGCAGCGGCGUGCCCUUUGAGCUCGUUGCGGCGACCGUCGACCCGCAGCACCCGAGCUUCCAGCCCGCGCAGCUCGAGACGUACAUGCGGCGGCUCGGCGUGCGCUUCGCGCGGCUCGAGCUGCCUAUCGUCGCGCUCGCGCAGCAGAAGCUGCAGGGCAGCACGAUGUGCUCCUUCUGUGCGCGGCUGAAGCGCGGGCUGCUGUACUCGCACUGCCGCCAGCUCGGCUGCUCGAAGCUCGCGCUCGGCCAGCACGCAGACGACCUCGUCGAGAGCUUUUUCAUGAGCGCGUUCUUCAACAGCCAGUUGACCACGAUGAAGGCGCACUAUGCGACGGUUGUGCCCGCGCGCGACGGGCUUCCGCCGCACGCGCUCGCCGUGGUGCGUCCGCUGCUCUACCUGCGCGAGGCGCAGCUGAGCGCGCUCGCGCGCACGCUAGCAUUGCCCGUGAUCAACGAGAACUGCCCCGCCUGCUUCAACGCGCCGAGCGAGCGGCUCCGCGCGAAACUGCUCGUCAACCGGCUCGACACCGUCAGCCGCGCGAUCUUCCCGAGCCUGAUACAGAGGUAA